AGAGUGGAGGGGAUGAACUAUAAAUAGUCGAAGCAUUAUAUAACAAAAACAUUAAACGGUGUUGCGUUUUGGACGUGAUUUGACAUUCGAGGGAAUCUCGCUCUCUGUGUAUUUUCUCAACUAUUCUCAAAGGGGGAGCUCAGAGUGUUCUUGCAACUUUUUUUUUCUGAUCUCCGUGUGAGCACUUCUUUUUUUCGCUGGCGAUUUCCGUGGGUGGACUGACACGUGAGGAAAAGUGUUGCAAUUUUGACGAUUGUGGGGAGCAAUAUUGUGGCUUUCUGGGGCUCAGGCUGGAAUGGGUGAAAAGUGGAUGAACUGAAAGUGAAGGGGGACAAGAGAGAGAGGAAAAAAACCGUGACGACACAUUCCUUUGUCUUGCACUCUCAAACAAGGGAGGCCAUUGAGAGGAAGAGAGCUCUCAAAUUUUUUUUUUUUCGUUCUGACAUUUUGUCCGUGGGGAUUUCGUCAUAAAAUUUUCUGGGGGGGUUCUUGUGUGUCUUCCGUUGUGCAGAGAGGGUAAGCUCAAUCGAUCAAUUUGGGGCUUGUUUCUUGGGGAGGCGAGAGGAAAGUAGUUGAGAGAGGAUUGUGUGAGGACGGGUUUUUGAGGUAAAUUGAGAAAAUAUUGACACAAGACACAAUGGCGGACGCGAGAAUUGAGACAAAUGCUCCAGGACCGUCCCCAUCGGCUACUCCCAUAAAUCCCCACCUUCCGUCGUUGGCUGAGAUCCAGACAAUUGAAUCCCCGGGGGCACCCUCGCAGUCCGAUGGCGGAUCACCCCAAACCACAUCCAAUGUCGUUGUGGAUCCCCUCGGUUUGGAGCCCGUGGCGAAGCGCCGCAAAUUUGAGACAAAUUCGCAAAUCAAUGAAAAAUUGGAACAUCGUCUUGGGGGCAUUUUGUGCUGUGCGGUAUGUCUGGAUUUGCCAAAAAUCGCUGUAUACCAGUGUCAAAUGGGUCAUUUGAUGUGUGCAGCGUGUUUCACUCAUCUUCUGGCUGAUGGAAGAUUGCGCGAUCAGGCAGCAACUUGUCCCAAUUGCCGUGUGGAAAUCUCCAAGAGUACCGCAAGCAGGAAUCUUGCAGUGGAGAAAGCUGUCUCAGAGUUGCCCAGUGACUGUCAGUACUGCGGAAAGGAGUUCCCCUGUAAAUCCUUGGAGCGCCAUGAGCAGGUUGAGUGUGAGGAGAGACCGGCUAAUUGCAAGUACAUCCGCAUUGGUUGCCAAUGGAAAGGACCUAUUCACGAGGCUCAUGAGCAUGAAGAAGUGUGCUCGCACCCAAAGAAGUCCGGAGCUGAGGUGAUGUCAGCCCUUCAGGCACGUGAUGUGGACUUUGAGGAGGAGAAAAAAUUCUAUGCUACGCUCAUUGAUCUGCUAAGUUAUGAGAAGAUCAUCUUCAAUGAUCUUCAGAUGAAGCCAUAUCGCACAGAUGAGUACGUGCAGAAGUUAUUCUAUGAGACGGCCAGAUUCACGGCCUUCAAUCAUCAGUGGGUGGUUAAGGCUAGGAUCAAUAACAGUCAGAGAGAUCCACAUCAAUCGUGCGAACGCGAAAUCACUUAUCAGUUGAUCCUGAAGACGAAGACAUCGUGUCCUCUGAACAUUCACUACUUCGCCCUCAAGGGACCUUUCUCUGACAUGAAGCUCAACACGAAGAUCUACAAGCAUGACUUUACUGAUACUGAGAACAUGAGCGAAUACAACCUGUUUCCACUUCCGGACAGUUCCGAGUGCAACAGAUUGUUGGCCUCAAAAGCCAUCAACUUCCGUUUGAUUAUGUUUCUCCUCUCAAAGUAGAAAAAGGCGGAUGAGGAAACGCAAGAGAGUAGUACGGACUUCACGAUGAGCUUCUUCCUGGCUCCACCAUCUCAGCGCGAGUAUUUUUCUUAGAUUGUUUGUCGUGUGUUGCUUUCAAAAGAAAAAUUAAGUGAAGGAUAAAGAAAAGAAAAUAUUAGGGGAAAUGAAAAAGGUGCAGAAGCUCUCCAAAAAAAAUCACUGCAAAUUCCACUUGGAAAAGCUUAUCAAGAAAGAAAAAUUAUCUAUCUCCGCAAUUACUUUACAAUUCACCCCCAACCCUCAAUAUCAUUCUCAAUUCAUUUAUUUAUAAUUGAUAUAUUAAUAUAUUUUAUAGAGGAUAUAUUUUAUUGUUAAACCCUUUAAAAAAAUAUUUUAAUGUGUCUCCGAGAAAUUUUGAAGAAAAAAAAUCGGUGAAGUUUUUUUUUUUUUGAUAAUAAAUAAUUAUUAAAACAGCAUCUCUGAAAUACCAAAAUUUAUAUUUUAUAAUUUUUUUUGCCAUAAAAUGAAGUAAAUUCAUUGAAUGAUUUUUAUUUUACAAGAAAAAUUAUUUUUAUUUUUGAAUUAAGUUUCGUGCAAACAGAAUUAAUAACUUUGCAAUCAAUAAAAACAUUUUUAUCUCUCACAUAUUUUUAAGCCUAAAAUAUUUUCAUUGAUCUCACUUUUUGAAAAAAAUAAAUACCUUUUUACAUAUUUUAAAAGAGUAAAAUGAGCUACAAGAGAAUAAUAAGAAAUAUGUUGUAACACGAAAUAAUUGCUAUUUAAUAUUUGUUAACUUAAGAUUCUGUAGCAUUAACUGGUUGAUUAUACUAUGGAAUAUUUCACUGUCAUAUAAAUACUUCGAUGAAUUAAAA